CACAAGCAUAGGACAUCCAACGCCGCACUUUCACGAGAACGUCCGACGGAAGAUAUUAAUCGGAACGGAGUCAGAUCGUCAACUUUUCCUGACGGAGGCACCCGUAGUGGAGACGGACUCAGAAACUUUCAAGGAUACUAAGACUUUGAAGUGAAUUCAACAUGGACAACAACGCACUCGGAGACGAGAGAAUGAUUAGCGAUAAAUUAAAGUACGUAUACAGGCCUGGGCACACCAAGGAAGAAGUCAGGGAUUCUUACAGCACUUGGGCGGAUAUAUACGAAAAUGAGCUCAACCCCGAUCGAUAUAAGGGCCCCGUAUUGGCAGCUAUCGAAUGUUGUGGAGUGAUACCUGAAUCAAGGAGAGCGAAUGCUCUGGUGCUCGAUGUAGCUGCUGGAACGGGAUUGCUUGGCAUAGAGAUGCAGCAGAAAGGCUUCAAAAAUAUCCAUGCAUUGGAUCCUUCAACCAAAAUGUUAGAGAAAGCCAGGGCUAAGAAGGUUUAUCAGAAAUUCUUCAGGGAAUUUAUAUCAGAGGAGCAGCUGUCGACAGUGGACGAAGACACCUAUGACAUCGUGGUGUCAUCCGGAGGAAUGGGCCAAGGUCACAUCCCAGCAGGAGCAUUAUGGGAAAUGUUAAGAAUCACCCGAAAAGAGGGAUUCGUCAUUUUUUCGAUGCGAGAAGAAUAUCUGAGACAUCCGGAAUAUGACGGUGUACUUGAGGCUUUGAUGAACAAAAUGGAGGAAACUGGGAAAUGGAGGAAAAUAAAGAAAAAUGUCGUCCCAAACUAUUAUGCUGAAAAAGAUGGAGCAGUUUAUGUUUUUAAGAAAGAAUAACUUGUACAAGUAGAAUCAACAAGUUACGAUUCCAACUUACACUGACGUUCUAUAGAUUUACAAUGAACUGGAUUGCUAAUACUUUCUGUAAAAUGCCUAGGAUCUUAUGGAGUGUAGGAAGUGUAUAUUGGUAAAGUAGCUAUAACACAUCACUCUAAGAUAUAUAUAUAUAUAUUUAAAGCUUUUAGAUCAAAAGAACUGUAAAUCUAUUUAAUUGUAUUUAAUUGUUUUAAUCGGGGCAUUAGCAUAAGAUUAUGUCAAAAAUUGAACAUGCCAUUAAUUAAAAGUAUUGUUAUACAUA